AUGGCUUCGAUCGAGGCUUCCAAGGCUCCAAGCAAGGUAUAUGGUACCUUGAGUAAGCUGCCUUCUAUUUCAGAAGGUGCUCGUGUCGAGAAACGCCCUUUAACCAGGCGCCAGGCGCCAGCAUCAUCCAAAUCUCGCAUCAUCUACGUGUCUUCAAGGACACCGUUCAUGGCUGUGGUCAAGCGUGCCCGUAAACAGCUUGAUGACUCACUCAAGACAACUGGCGCAGCACCCAAGUACGCGUCCCUACACUCGCGUGUUGAGGCGCUGCAGCGAAAUAGCGGCGGAGAUGUGGACAGUACUGCCGUGACACUGGCAGGAACGGGUAAAGCUAUUGAGAAGAUCCUCGCGGUCGCGAGUUGGUUUGAGCAGGAGGGAGACUGUGAAGUGGAGAUCACGACAGGAACCGUCGGAGCCGUGGACGAUGUGGUGGCCAGUGGAGACGAGGAGGACCAGAGUCGCCUGAGGAAGCUCAGUUGUCUGGAACUCCGGAUUAAGCUCAAGUGA